AUGGAGAAUUUGUUAUCUCUGCUCUGUUGUCAUUAUUCUUUGCUGAUUUUAUUUCAGUACAAAUAUCAGGUAUGUGGAAACUAUUCCCAGCUACCCAAACAUCCAGGGUUCAAAGUUCUUGCAUCAGCUUCCCAUUACUGGCCACUGGAAGAUGUGGAUGGAAUUCAUGAGUUUCGGGAUACAAAUGGAGAUAUUGUAGAAGGCAUGGUGAAUAAAGGAAUUUAUGUCACUGAAAAGAAAGGAGUUACCUUUCUCUUCUUUGGAAGCUAUCAAAAUUCUUGCAUUAGUAAUCCAGAAGUUUGUGGACCUGAAGGAGUAACAUUUUCCUUUUUCUGGAAGACUCAAGACCAGCAGGCUAAGUUUCUCCCUGCCUCUGGUGGACAAGUAAUUUCCAGUGGUUUCAAAAUCUGUUCAAAUGAAGGUGAAGGCUCAGUGGAAUUUUACACCCGUGGGAAUGCAAUGAAGUGGAAAGCAAGCUUCAGUCCACCAGGUCCUUAUUGGACUCAUAUUCUCUUUACUUGGAAAUCAAAAGAAGGACUGAAAGUCUAUGUCAAUGGAACUCUAAACACAACUGAUCCAGAUGGGAAAGUUUUCUAUGAUUAUGGAGACCCCACUGCAAAUCUACUGACUGGGGCAGAGGGGGAUCAGUCUAAGCGCUAUGUGAAUGGGGCAUUUGAUGAAUUUAUUAUAUGGGAAAGGGCACUCACCCCCAGUGAAAUCAAGCAGUACUUUACAGCUGCUGUUGGUGUGCAAGUUUUGAUUUCUUCAACACUUCCAUGGUCUGUGAUGACAACUACUACAAAACCUGUGCUCUCUACAAAUGCUUAUCGUCCCAUCAUAAUUAAUCUGACUGAGGAAAGAGGGAACUUCCGCUCCCCUGAUGCCAUGCUGGGCUACCUGGAGAACAUAUCCUUCAGCUUGCCCAACAAAUCCUUGUCAGAAAAUACUGCCCUAAGCCUGACAGAGGCAUUUUUAAAAGCUAUUGAAGACUUCUUGUUAUUGCCCAACUGGAUUGAUAUACCAGAGACCACUCACAUAUUUGGAAGUGUAAUUCAAACUAUUGACAGUGUGAUGGCUCAUAUGACACGCAAUCUGGAUGAAAACUCGUUACCUUUAAAUGUUGAGGGCACGUCAUCUAUAGCAGAUUACACCUUGGUCAAAAUGCAUCCUCAGACUCUGAAUUUGUCCCACUAUCGAUUUCCAUCUCAAGGACAGAGUUAUAUUUCCAUUCCCAGUGAAGCUUUUCAUGAAAAAGCUUGGAUUACCAUUGUGGGCCUGCUUUACCAUAAUAUGCAUUAUUUCUUUCAUAAUAUCAACCCUAUGGAUACCAAGAUUGCUGAAGCUGCUGCCUACAAAGGUUAUAUGAUCUCAGCAACCAGUUACCUUAUCUCUAUCAAAGUGGAGCCUCUACCCAAGUUGUCCCACAAUCUGUCAGGAUCUCCUCUUAUUACCAUCCAGCUCACUCACAAAUUGACGCCCAGACAGUACAGCCAAGCACUAAAUAAGAGUAACAGAGUUCAUCUUUAUUGUGCAUUUCUGGACUACAGCAAUGGAACUGGUGUUUGGUCUAAUGAAGGCUGCGUGCGUGCGAGUGGGGACCUCAACUACUCAGUGUGUCUCUGUAACCACCUCACUAACUUCGCCAUUCUGAUGCAAGUGGUGCCUCUGAAGCUAACGAGAGAACACCAGGUGGCCCUCUCCUCCAUCACUUACAUUGGCUGCUCUCUGUCCAUCUUCUGCUUGACGAUCACGCUGGUCACAUUUGCUAUACUGUCGUCUGUCAGCACCAUCCGCAACCAGCGUUAUCACAUCCAUGCCAACCUGUCCUUUGCUGUCUUGGUGGCUCAGAUCCUGCUCCUCACCAGCUUUCAAUUCAGCCCUGGGACGGUGCCGUGCAAGAUCUUGGCUAUUCUCCUACAUUUUUUCUUCUUGAGUGCCUUUGCCUGGAUGCUUGUGGAGGGAUUUCAUCUUUACAGUAUGGUGAUCAAAGUAUUUGGGUCAGAAGAGAGCAAGCACUUAUAUUAUUACGGAAUUGGGUGGGGCUGCCCACUGGUGAUUUGUGUAAUUUCUACAACAUCGUCCCUGGAAAGCUAUGGAGAAAGUGGCAACUGCUGGCUUUCACUGGAGAAUGGAGCAAUCUGGGCUUUUGUGGCACCAGCACUGUUUGUAAUUCUGGUCAACAUUGGUAUUCUCAUUGCUGUCACAAGAGUUAUCUCAAGAAUCAGUGCAGACAACUAUAAGGUCCAUGGAGAUGCCAAUGCCUUCAAACUAACAGCUAAAGCUGUUGCUGUUCUCUUGCCAAUCUUGGGAAGCUCAUGGAUCUUUGGGAUUUUGGCUGUCAAUGCCCAUGCAUUAGUAUUUCAGUAUAUAUUUGCUGUUUUCAAUUCAUUACAAGGAUUUUUCAUGUUCCUGUUUCACUGUCUUCUGAAUUCAGAGGUCAGAGCUGCCUUUAAGCACAAAACCAAAGUCUGGUCCCUUACCAGUAGUUCGACUCGCAACAUCAAUGUGAAACCCUUCAAUUCAGACAUUAUGACUGGGAACAGGCCAGGCACAACCCCCACAAAGCUGAACACCUGGGAUAAAAGCACCAAUUCAGCCAACCGCGUUGAUUUAUCAGCGGUCUGACAGGAGCAGCAGCUUCUCAGUGAAAAAUCAAGCCAUACAUUCAGGACCCCUGACACAAUGUCCGCCAGGUUUUUUCUCACUCCUAAUACCAGUAAAAAACUGCUUUUUAAUCACUGCCUAGUAAAUUGGAAAUGGUCAUAUCGUUGAGUAAAUAGCCCUCAUCUGCUUGCCUUUGAAACUGUAACACAUUCCAGCACUGGGCUAUUAGCAAUACCUGUACAAAUAACUAGCACAAAUAUACACUGGAUGGUUUUGUCAGCAAUGAUGAAAACAUUAGGUAUGCAAAAAGAGCUUAUUGCUAUCUGAAUCAUUCCAGCUCCCAGAACUGAGGAAGGGCAACAUACCUCUAGAAAGAUAGAUUUUUAUGCUCUAAAAUGAAAUGCUUCCCAUUGUGAUGGUGUAAUGGGGCUAUUCUGGUCUUGCUGUGCACGCUCUGUUUACAUUUAUUACCUAACAGAAUCCAAUUAUCAAAGUGAAGCUUAUUCAAAA